GCAGGCGAGGCUGUUGAGGAGGGUGCGAGCGGGGCUUCCCCCGGGGGAGAGGUGGGGUCCCCGGGCGCGGCCGUUUAGGAAAGGCCGGGGAUGCGAGGCCUAGUGCAAGGCCCGCGCGGGGCCCAGGCAGGCCUUGCCUGGACUCUCAGCCAUGCCAUGGGGUCCUGUCAACGACAGCCGAAGCCGGCUGGAGACCCUCGAGGCCCUUUGGAGCCGGGAUUGUGAAUGGGCCUUCCAUGGGAGUGAAAGCCUAUACUCGGAAGCAGCCAAACCAGGACAGUUUCCUCUCUACAGUCUGCUUCCUCUCCGAAAGUGAAGCCCACCAUUUCAUCGAAUAACAAUAGAAGCCCACUGGUUCCGGCAUGGAGGGCGGUGUGGAUGGCCCCAUCGGGAUCCCCUUCCCAGACCAUAGCAGCGACAUCCUGAGCAGCCUAAAUGAACAGCGCAACCAUGGCCUGCUGUGCGACGUCGUCAUCCUGGUGGAUGGGCAGGAGUUCCCCACCCACCGCUCGGUGCUGGCAGCCUGCAGCGAGUACUUCAAGAAGCUCUUCACCUCAGGCCUGGUGGUCGACCAGCAGAACGUGUACGAGAUCGACUUUGUGACGGCCGAGGCCCUGUCGGCGCUGCUGGAGUUCGCCUACACUGCCACGCUGACUGUCAGCACCUCCAAUGUGGGCGAGAUCCUGGACGCCGCUACACUGCUUGAGAUCCAGGCCGUCCGGGAGGUCUGCACUGACCUCCUGGAGAGGAAGAUUCUGGCCAAAAAUCAUGACCAGAUGGACACAGUAGAUCAAAUUGAUCAACGCAACCACCUCCGAGCGAAAGAGUACCUUGAGUUCUUCCAAAGCAACCCCAUCAACGGCCAGCCAGCGGGUGCUUUCUCGUGGACCAACCAAGACCUGCGCGACCUGCAGCGGCUCGGCUUCCGGGGGCCUGACGGGACGGCGACAGAGGACGAGCCGGACUCCAAUGGCAUGGACUUCUACUCCCAGGCCUCCGCUGCAGCCCUCAGCGACAGACCAAAGCCCAGUGAGUGCAACCCCGACAGCAACCAUGGCCUGUGGCUGGACCGGGAGGAGGAGAAGCCAUCCCUGUUCCCGCCCUCCCAAAACGGACAGGACGAGGGGCCCCCACCACCUGUCCCGCCAGACGCGCCAGACACAGGCGACUCCCCGGCCUUUGGCCUCAAGGAGGAGGAGGCUGACCUGGCCCGCGAGGUGGAUGGCCUGGCUGCCAGCGCCCUCCUCCAGCAGAUGAUGAACUCUGUGGGGCGCCAGCAGCAGCAACAAGGCGGCGAGGAGGAGCGCAAGGAGGACGUCGAUGGGGUCAUGGAUUAUUACUUGAAAUACUUUAGCACUUCCCAGGAGGGCCGGGAGUACUCCCCGUGGUCGCAGAAGGGGGAGAAGAAGAUCCGGGCAAAAGCAUUCCAGAAGUGCCCCAUCUGCGAGAAGGUGAUCCAGGGGGCUGGGAAGCUGCCCCGCCACAUCCGGACCCACACCGGCGAGAAGCCCUACGAAUGUAACAUUUGCAAGGUCCGGUUCACCAGGCAGGACAAGCUGAAGGUCCACAUGCGGAAGCACACGGGCGAGAAGCCGUACCUGUGCCAGCAGUGCGGGGCGGCCUUUGCCCACAACUAUGACCUGAAGAACCACAUGCGCGUCCACACCGGCCUGCGCCCCUACCAGUGCGAGAGCUGCUUCAAGACGUUCGUCCGCUCCGACCACUUGCACCGGCACCUUAAGAAAGACGGCUGCAACGGCAUCCCCUCCCGCAGGGGCCGGAAACCCCGGGCGCGGGAGGCGGCCCUCGUCACGCCUGGAGCGGCUUCGAAUCCCGAUGGAAAUGACGACAACGAGGAGGCCGAGGAGGAGUAUCCAGAGGCCGCCUUGCCGCCGCAGGACGGCCUCGAACAGCACUUUGUCGACGACGACAAUGGCGGCGACGGCUCCGGAAGCCUGAAUGUAGCGGGGGGUUCGUCUGAGGGGAACGCACCGGGACUCUCCUAAACCAAAAAGUCAAAACAAAACAAA